AUGUACACAGCUGCAUUGAAAAUCCCAGGUACCGACAUAUCAACUCGGCUUGUCGCGCAACCUUCCACAAAUCACACCCAAACACCCCACAGCUGCACUUCCUGGGCUGUGCUUAUGCGAGAAUAUUACAUUCAAGAUGCGACAACCUUCCUUUGGCUAGAGCCAAGCCAUGGCGGAGACUUCCACUGGAACAACCCACAGACAGAUCUGCAUGCCCAGAAGAUCUCUAUUCCGAUCAGUACAGAACUCUCCAUGGAGGAACUGAGAGAACACAUGUUUGAGAGCUCCAGAGAUGCAUCGUGGGAGCAUUGGAGCAAUGGAAAUACCAAGGCUGUGACAGAAGGACAUUCUACCGCUGUCCUUGUACUGAAUGAUGAGCAAGUGGAUGAUGGAACCUCCCCGGAUGCCAUAUUUCGAACAUUUGAAUGGUUGCAAAAGUACGGGAAGAGAAUCAAGGUUGAAGCUUUGCGCAAUUUGCACAGCGUGUGCGAUAUUAAAGAUAUUGUGAUGGACAGAAAUUGGGAGCAUCAAAGAAAACGAGAAUCAAAGAAAAGCGAGAUUCAAGACUUGGUUGAAGAAUUCGUGAAAUUGAAAGCCAAGCUGUCCAUGCGCAAAAGGACGGGCUUCUGCACUUCAAUAACUGGAUUCUUGGGCAGCCAAAUUUUGCGAACCUUGCUUCAGAGUCCUACAGUCGGACAGGUGGUUGGUCUUGUCCGUGCAGAGAAUCGGGAUUUAGCGAUGGAAAAAGUCCAGAGACAAGCUGAGAUUGCUCAGUGGUGGGAGCCCCCGUUCCAAAAUCGGAUUCUUAUUCUACUCGGUGACCUUAGCAAGCCACAACUUGGUCUCGACGAAGUGACUGGAAUCGAGUUUUCGGCAAAGUUAAGGAGUCUCCAAUAA